AUGUCAAACUCGUUCGAUUCGGAGAAUUCAGAUAAAUCAAAAGAUGGUGAAAAAUCGAAAAACUCUUUAAAGAAAAUUGUUUUAAAAUUUGCGGAUUCCACAUCUAUGCAAGGAGUGCCGAAUGUGAACGCUGCAAAGCAUUGGUUUCCUAAAACAAUAUGGACUUUAUUGUUACUCGCCUCACUCGGCGCCAUGACUCUUCAUCUGAAGUUUCUAUUCGACACUUACUACUCCUGGCCGAAACAUUCUACUGUAUCCCUGGGUUUCAGUACCCUGGAGUUCCCUGCUAUCACCGUCUGUAAUGUGAACCCCAUCAGAAAAUCUCAACUCUACCUCGCAUCACCAGCAUUAAGAAAUAUCGUGGAUAUCGCCGAUCCAGGAAAUAUUGUCAGAAAACUUGAAGAGUACAAGUUUCCAGAUGAAAAUGGAAUGGUUCCUAUCCCUGGUAUGCAGUUGAUAGUAUAUCUUGAAGAUAAAGAAUAUAUUCGAGGUUUAACGUCUGGGUCGGGGGCUCAGGUUGUUAUACACGAUAGAAACACGUGCCCCUUCCCCCAGAACGAUGGUAUAGCUAUAGCCUCAGGAACAGAGUCCAAUAUUGGUUUAAGAUUGGUAAAUGUAAUUCGAUUGGGAGAACCACACGGUAGUUGUGAAGAAGGUAACCAGUUUCAAGAAGAAUAUGGUUAUAAAUACACGAGACAGUCGUGUCAUGUAUUCUGUCUACAGAACCUGAUCAGUUCCCGGUGCGGUUGCUAUGACGAGGAUGAGGAAGAAUUAAAUAUUAUCGCCAAUAUUCAACAGAAGUACUCCCCGUGUAGGAAUAUCUCAGAAUUAAAAUGUAUGGUUGGUGUACAGGCGGACUAUGAAAAUGGAAAAGAAAACUGUUUCUGUGAUAAUCCUUGCGUGGAAACGAGAUUUCAAUAUAGCCUCUCUUCCAGACAAUGGCCAUCUGACGACUACACGAAAGUGUUACUAACUGCUCUCUGUUAUUUUACAAAAAGUGUUACUAGCUGGUCUCGGCAGAAUUUUAUCAAGUUGAAUAUUUAUUAUGAAGAUUUAAAUUAUGAAAAUAUCACCGAGGAAGAAGAUUACGAGACGGCCCAGUUUAUAUCAGAUGUAGGAGGAACAGUUGGAUUAUGGAUAGGACUAUCUAUAUUGAGUAUAUUUGAGCUGGUGGAACUCGUCGUUCGGAUUCUCCAUUUUAUUACUUUCUUUAUGUGGUGUCGGACUCGAUCUUCAACUGAUAAAAAAUCUCCCGACCUUCCUCGACAUCACAGACCAGAACCUAAUGGCUGAGUUUGAUAAAUUUAUUAUGGU